UGUGUGUGUGUGUGUGUGUGUGUGUGUGGGCAGGCCUUGUGUCGAGCUCCGACUCGGGGCUGCAGAUCUGUGACCUUCCUCUGAGCUGAGGAUGACGAGGACGUCUGUUGUCCUCUGACAACUUUAGUUUUUAUCUUUGGGACCAUUUUUAACUUUUUUAUUUCAAACUCAUGGACUCGCUGUGAGACGCCUGCUGCUUCCUGUCCUCAGAUCUAAUCAUUUACUGUUUAGGGUUUUUCAACAGCAAUAAAAUGUCUUUGCUUGUAGCUGACCUGGCCAGAGGAGUGAUGACGGAGUUCCAGGAGAAGCUCCGGCAGCAGCACGAGGAGUCGAUGCACCGUGAGCUGGAGGCGCUGCUCCACACGGCCAACGAGACGGAGGCGGAGAUCUCCAGAAAAGAAUUUGAUGGAUUCAAGAACCUCUUCCACAGAUUCCUUCAGGUCAAAGGUCCCGCGGUCAACUGGGCCAAGAUCAACCGGCCGCCAGAGGACUCGAUCCAGCCCUACGAGAAGAUCAAGGCUAAAGGUCUCCCUGACGACAUCGCCGCCAGCCUCAACAAGCUCGCUGUGGUCAAACUGAACGGCGGCCUGGGAACCAGCAUGGGCUGCAAGGGUCCCAAGAGUCUGAUCAGCGUCCGCAGCGAGAACACCUUCCUGGACCUGACGGUGCAGCAGAUCGAGCAUCUGAACAAAACCUUCAACACCGACGUGCCGCUGGUUCUGAUGAACUCGUUCAACACAGACGAAGACACGAAGAAGAUUCUGCUGAAAUACAAACAUUACAAAGUCAAAAUACACACGUUCAACCAGAGCAGGUAUCCGAGGAUCAACAAGGAGUCUCUGCUGCCGAUCGCCAGAACCAUGGGGACGAGUGGCGAGAAUGCGGAGGCCUGGUACCCGCCGGGUCACGGAGACAUCUACGCCAGCUUCUCCAACUCUGGGCUGCUGGACCGACUCCUCGCCGAGGGCAAAGAGUACAUCUUCGUAUCCAACAUCGACAACCUGGGCGCCACCGUCGACCUCUUCAUCCUCCACCACCUGAUGAGUCAGCCGGCUGACAGGCGCUGCGAGUUCAUCAUGGAGGUCACCGACAAAACCAGAGCCGACGUCAAGGGCGGGACUCUGAUCCAGUAUGAGGACCACCUGCGGCUGCUGGAGAUCGCUCAGGUACCGAAGGCGCACGUCGACGAGUUCAAGUCCGUCACCAAGUUCAAGAUCUUCAACACCAACAACCUGUGGAUCUCGCUGCCCGCCGUCAAGAGGCUGCAGGAGAAGAACAACCUGGACCUGGAGAUCAUCGUCAACCCCAAGACGUUGGACGGCGGCCUGAACGUCUUCCAGCUGGAGACGGCGGUGGGCGCCGCCAUCAAGAACUUCAACAACGCCAUGGGUGUGAAUGUCCCGCGCAGCCGCUUCCUGCCGGUGAAGACGUCGUCCGACCUGCUGCUGGUGAUGUCGAACCUGUACAGCCUGGACGCCGGCUCGCUCACCAUGAGCCAGAAGAGAGAGUUUCCCACCACGCCGCACGUCAAGCUGGGCAGCUCCUUCACCAAGGUUCAGGAGUUUCUGUCCAGAUUUGAGAACAUCCCGGACAUGUUGGAGCUCGACCACCUCACCGUGUCCGGGGACGUCACCUUCGGGAACAAGGUCUCCCUGAAGGGAACCGUCAUCAUCAUCGCGAAUCACGGCGACAGGAUCGAUAUUCCUGCCGGAGCGAUGCUGGAGAACAAGAUCGUCUCAGGAAACCUGCGGAUCCUCGACCACUGAGGCCUUUUGGGAAAAAAGAAAAGCCAUUUGCACCUUGAAGAGACGUGAAAAGGAUUUUCUUCUCUUGGGAGAUGAACGACAGGAAACAGUCAGUCGCAGUUUGUUGUGUCUGUUUCAAUGUGAAAUCAGCCUGAAAGGGUCAAAGGUCAAACUCCUGCCUGACGCUUCAUGAAGCUUUUCAGGAAGAAAGUUGCUGUAACUGCAAACAACCGAGUCUGAGCCGACUGGGGCGACUUUUCUCAUGUUAAUAAAUAUGAAUAAAAUGAUGCAACACAG